AAUCUGUACGAAAGGGGACGAGGAGUGAGGCAGAAGAGAGUACAGACCGUAGCGGGUAGUGGGCACUAGCUUGAGAUGAUUACAGAGGCUGCUGUUUCAGAGGGUACUGUAGCUACUGCACAGCCCCUGAUACUGGUAGAGGAUGGCGGCGGCGGCGGCGGCGGCAAUGGAGGAGAAUCAAACUCAAAAGACGGGAGUUGGAAGAACUACUGGAAGAAAGUUCUUGUGGAGGCGAAGCGGCAGGUGCUGUUCUCGUUGCCCAUGAUCCUUACCAAUGUUUCCUAUUACGCCAUUCUCCUUGUCUCCGUCAUGUUCGCCGGCCACCUUGGCAACCUUCAACUCGCCGGCGCCACCCUCGCCAACUCUUGGGCUACCGUCACCGGCUUUGCUUUAAUGGUUGGCCUAAGUGGGGCACUAGAGACUCUUUGUGGGCAAGGAUUUGGCGCACAGUUAUAUGGGAUGCUGGGAAUUCAUCUGCAGGCAUCUUGCAUCAUAUCGUUCUUUUUCUCCAUCAUUAUAUCAAUCUUAUGGUACUUUUCAGAACCUGUACUGAUCUUACUGCAUCAAGAUCGCCACAUCUCAAAAACAGCUGCUCUCUUCAUGAAGUAUCUUAUACCAGGAUUAUUUGCAUAUGGCUUCCUCAAUAACAUCUUGAGGUUUCUUCAAACGCAAUCUGUGGUUAUUCCUCUCGUUGUGUGCUCAAUGCUCCCAUUGAUUGUGCAUUUGGGCGUUGCAUAUGCAUUGGUUCAUUGGACAACUCUCGGUUAUGAGGGAGCUCCAUUAGCAGCCUCAAUUUCAUUGUGGAUAUCAUUCCUCAUGUUGGCCACGUAUGUUCUUUGUGCCAAGAAAUUUGAGCAUACCUGGAAAGGAUUUUCAUUGGGUUCACUUCAUUAUGUUUUUAGGAACUUGAAACUAGCCGUGCCCUCUGCAGCAAUGGUGUGUCUGGAGUACUGGGCUUUUGAGGUUCUGGUGAUACUAGCUGGAUUGAUGCCAAACUCUGAAAAUACUACUUCCUUGAUUGCAAUGUGUGUGAGUACGGAAGCAAUCGCAUACAUGAUUACUUAUGGUCUCAGUGCCGCUGCUAGCACGAGGGUUUCCAAUGAAUUGGGAGCUGGCCAUCCAGACCGAGCUAAGACUGCUAUGGCUGUGACUCUCAAGCUAUCCUUCCUUCUUGCUCUUGCAGUUGUAUUGGCCCUUGUCUUUGGUCAUAAUAUAUGGGCUGGCUUCUUCAGUGAUACUGCGGUUAUAAUUAAGUCUUACGCUUCAAUGACACCUUUUCUUGCAGUCUCUAUAAUAUUUGAUUCUGUUCAAGGUGUAUUAUCAGGAGUGGCCAGAGGAUGUGGUUGGCAGCACUUGGCUGCCUAUACUAAUUUGGCAGCCUUCUAUUUCAUUGGCAUGCCAAUUGCAUGCGUUCUUGCAUUUAAGUUGAAAUUAUAUGCUAAGGGUCUGUGGAUUGGCUUAAUCUGCGGCCUAUCUUGCCAAGCUGGGACCCUACUGUUGAUUACACUGCGCACCAGAUGGACUAAGGUGGGGCUAUCUGUAAACAAUGACAAGGAAAUUCCAAUUUCAGUUUAAGUUCAUGUUGAUAAAUAGAUCACUACGAAAAUGCCAGGACAAAAGACAAGUUCUGUGAAGAAACAUAUGCAUUAUGUCCUGAGAUGAGAGAUAUGGUAGUCGCCUACUAACAAAAAGCUUUUUCCUCGUUGGUCUUCAUCAAAUUGAAUCUUUCUAUUCUAGCUAAUCGCAGAAACUUCUUUUUCAUCAGAAAAAAUGAUGCAAAGAUCAUUGAUCCCUUGCCUCUUGGGUUGACAUUUUCUCCAAGGCUAGGAAACAACUACACAAUAUAGUGGCCGACUGAAACAUACCCUUGAGCUUUGUAUCUACAGUUUUCUUCCACCAUAAGUGAGGACUAUUAGUAAAUUUGGAAUUUUCGUUUUAAAAAAAAAAAAAAAGGUGUGUUUUGUUAGGUGUUUUGCCUUUCUCGUCUUACAUUGCUCGCAAAUUUUCUGGGUCUUCGCAUGCGGACUAGAAAUGAACAAAUUCUGGGCCUCUGGUGUGAUGUCUAAUAGCUGGUUGUCUCUAGCUUAUUAAACCUAUGCAUCUGUUGCUACUAGUCACAGUUUUUCUCAUUGUUUGGAAGGAAAAGAUUGAUGGAAAGGUUGAAAGUAAUCAGUUUUGAGUUGCAGAAAUUUGAUGGCAAUUGAAAUGUCGAACUAUAGAAGCCAAAGAUCCAUCAUAUCUUGGUAGAACUUGGAAAACACAAAACCUUACUUGUAAAAACAGAAGUCGAAGAUGUCGAGUCAUGAU